UGAGUCCAUAUCUUUGCAGCUAAGGGUGUAUGUUCGCCCUGUGUGCUCCAGCUGUGGUCGCUGUCUCAGCAGCAGGCAUCCAUCUCUAUCAAACUGACACAACGCACUCAGGAUGGCAGGGGAGUGCGUUCCCGAGGGUCCAGACCUGAGAGAGAUGGGCGAGGAGGAACUGUGGGAACUGAUUAACGACAACCGCCACCGGAUCUCCUUGGGGGUGCGGCCAUGCAUCUUGAUCCCGUACCUGAGGCAGGCCAGGGUGCUCACAGAGAUGGAUGAGGAUGAGAUCCUCUCCUGCCACAACCUCACCAACCGCAGCAUGAGAACUAGCUAUAUGCUGGAUCUGCUGAGGACCCAGGGAAGGAAUGGUGCCGUGGCCCUGCUGGAGAGCCUGAUGAUCCACUACCCAACCCUGUACACCCAUGUCACUGGCCGCAAACCCAGUACUGAGCCUUCAAGAUUCAGUGGCCUGAUAAAGUACUCAGAGUUGACAGAGUAUCUGGUCAGAGCAGUAACAGGAAUGCAGAAGGAGCUCCAGGAGGCGCGUUGCGAGGCAGGCACAAUGACUGCACGUUGUGCCUCCCUGGAGUCAGAGAUUAGGCAGAUAAUGGGCCAAGAGGAGAAGUCCCGAUGCCUUCAGUCUGAAAAUGAACGCAUGCGGAGACACUUGUGUUCUUUGCAACAUGAAGUGACCAAGCUGAAGGACGAGAAGUGUGACUUGUAUAUGCGCUACACAGCAGCCAUCGAGGAAAAAUCAGCUGUGAACAUGCGCCUCCAUGACCUCAACCUGCAGGUGUAUCAGCUGCAGACUGAGCUGCAGAAGGCACAAACAGAGAACGAGUUCCAGAAGCGACGCUCACUCAGGUGUCCCCCUCAUGCUGAGACUCCACAACUGCAAGAGGAAGUCAGGAGUCUGCGCUGCCAGCUGGUGAAGGUGGAAAAACUGGACCCAGCUCGUCAGGACAUCCUGGCCCAGGAUCUGGCGGAGGCCAUAGACAGCCAGGUGGAGCUUGCAGGACAACUCAGGUGUUACCGCGAGGAUAAUGAAAAGCUGCUCACUGAGAAGCAAGUGCUCUUAGAUAAAAAAGAAUGCCUGAGCCUUCAGGUGCAGCAGCUGACCCUGGACAUUAACAUGCACCAGCAGAAGAGCACUGUGAUCCAGAACCAGAUGAGAGAGCUUCAGGCAGAGAGAGACCAAGCGUACCUGUCCAGAGAUGAGGCCCAGGCCAUGAUUGCCCGCGUCCUGGCUGAGAAGGACACCCUGAGGUGUCAGCUGAUGGAACUCCAAGAGCGGGUCUUCAGCCUUCAGGUCAAACGUGGCCCCAGGGAACAACGGCAGAGUUGUGAUGAGAGUGAGGUGGACUGGGAGAGCCCGAGAUCAAGCUGUGAAGAAUCCCCAUUCCCAACUCGCCGUAGACUUCGCCGCAUGGACGCAGUCAAUCCCAUGUCACUCAGUUCCUGCAAUUUAGAGUGUGAAGAUGCUGCAGUAAAUAGCGUCCGAUCCCGAAACGCAGAGCCCCCCAGUCCAGAAUCUCUCCGCAGAAGAGGGGAGGCUCUAUAUGCAGACAGCAGCUUGGAAACAACAGAGACUGAUUCCCUAUUGGAUGACUUUGUGUUUCUCCCCGACGUGGGGAGUGAAGACAAGCAGACACCCAGGCUUUCCUCUUCUAAUGGCUCCAGCACUGAUGGCCUGUCAAGAACCUCAGCCCCUCCCUUCCUGAUGCGUUCUCGUCCGAAAGCAAUUCGCGUCAACGGCCGCGUGCUCAGCAUCUCCUUCCAGGGGGAGGCACUGCUCAGCCAGCUGGCAGUGGUAGGAGGCAAUAAGACUGGAGUGUUUGUGCACAAGGUGACAGAAGGGAGUGCUGCCCAUACUGUUGGCAUCAGUCCUGGUGCACAGAUAGUGGAGGUGAAGUAUGAGCAGAACCAGAAGGCUCUGAAGAUGGUGCUGGAGGAUUCCACUUUAGAGGAAGCUAUGUGGGCUCUUGGCCAAAUCACAGGCCUCUGUCACCUCUCCCUGCGGCCCAAGCAAGAUGAUUAUGAGAUGCUGCUGCAGCAGCUGCAGAGCUGUGAGACGGCAUCCGGAGACUCCUUUUACGUACGUGUCAACAUGUCCCUCCCCGCCGGCCCCAACGGAACCCUGGCCGUGUCCUGCAACGACAUCCUUCAUGUGACCAACACGCGACCCGCUGGCACUGAGGAUUCAUGGCACGCCAGCCAAGUUCACCCCUGUCAGCUACUAGACCUCCAGAGUGGAACUGUACCCAACUAUUACAGGGCACAGCGACUUCUGAUUCGGGCAAUUGAAGACAUGAGCUUUCAAGCAAAGAAGUCUCAGAAGGUGUGGCGUGUGGUGGCGCAGAAUAAGGAGAAAGCAGUGAGGAUUGUCAGCACCGGGCGCCAGGGCAGGAACCCACUGUGGGUCAGUGUGGAGAAUGAAAAGACCAAGAGCACAGACUCAGGUGACACAUCUGCAGCCAAAAGUUGUAUAUCCCUCAUGCCCUACACCCUGGUCACCCCCCACUACCCACCCAUCUGCAGGCCUGUCCUGCUGCUGCCCACCAUCCUGGGACGCAUCCUGGACAAGAAGUUGGCAGGCUGGCAAGGCUUUCAGCUCUGUGAGCCUGAGGUGCUGAGCUCCAGUGAGCAUGCAGCCCAGCUGCAGAGGUCCGAGAUCCUGGAGGAGUGUGAGCAGGGAAGGAGCUGUUGCUACACCCUGCGGAGUGUUGAGAAAGUCAUGAAGAAGGGGAUCCACUGUGUGCUGCCGUUGGGGCUGGACUGUGUACGCCGGCUGCACCGGGCUGAGAUCUUCCCUAUCAUCAUCUUCAUUGGCCAGACUGCACGGAGUGCUCGCAAAGUGAGGUCGAAGCUGCAUCGUCUCGGCCAGUCAGAGGAGCAGCUGCUGGCGUGCUCCAGGAGCGAGGAGCCGCUGCUUGACAAGCUGCCGUGUCUCUAUCACAGCGUGGCUCCAGACUCCUGGUGUGACCAAGCCUCCCUGCUGACCAACCUGCGCACCAUCAUCUGGGAAGAGCAGAAGAAGAUCGUCUGGGUGGAGCCUGACCUGUGGUGAAGCGCAGGACAGAACAGCAAAGAACCGUAGAAAACACAGAAAAUAUGAAAUGAAUAGGAAUUCUGAUUUCUCUUAGGGCUUUUUGUUAACAUGAUGCAAUGUUGAGAAUAUAUCGGAGGAAUAUAAACAAGCUUUACAAGAGAUAUUUUGUAAACAUGAGUAUGUAUCUGUGAUACCUGGUGAAUGAAGGACUCUCAUACUGUGCUAUAUGCUGUACUUUCAAAGAGUGUAUGACGCUCUCUCAUUAUUUACUUUACCUAGAAACAUUUUCUACAUUGUGUUGCCUCCCUUUUUGAGGCUUGUGUUUAAGUCAAACACUGGUGUGAGGUGUCUUCUAAAGUCACAGUCAUCAUUAAAACACACUGUAAUGACUUGUAUAUGCUGUAGCUCUACAAUAUGUUGUAGUCGAUCAUUUCCCACUAUGAGGGAUUGACAUUAUCUUCUUCUUUAUGAUGCUGUCCGGCAUCCAUUAGCAUUCAGUCCUUAUGACUUUACUGUCAUGUACUCAUGCCACGCCUUUGACUUUUUGUCUCACUGACCAUAUAAUGUCCAGAAUAAAAAUGUAGCAGUA